AUGGCGAGCUGCCUCAUAACCCAUCAGCUGGGGCCGCCCCUCAAGGUAAGCGUUCAAGUUGCUCAAAUUCCCCCCAAUUGCCCUUGGCUGAACUCUUGCACCGCUUGCUUACUCCCCGAAUCGGCUGAGAUUUCACCGAUGAAGGGAGAUCAAUUAACAUUGGCUCCAGCCCCAUCUGAGUUUUCUGCUUCCAACCCGGCUCUGGCGGUGCGGUUCGCCCCAGCAAAGCGUGGCCGUCCCCCUCGCAAGGUCCCCGCUGCGGCUCCAGCCCCAGCUGUGUCAUUGGACAUAUCCGCUUCAUCCCUGGCUCCGGCGGUGCAGUUCGCCCCAGCGAAGCGUGCCCGUCCCAGUAAGGCUAUAUCCUCAUCGCCUGCCCUCGCUGCGACAUUCAAUAAUCCCCCAGCCAAGCGCAUCCGUCCCAAUAAGGUUGAGGCCGCAUCCCAACCUGUUGCCCAGGCUUUGCUCGUUGGUAUUCUCCCAGCAAAACAAAAGGGUGGCUGUCCCAAGAAGGCCGCACAAGUGAACACCACAAUCACUUUUCGUCCGGAACCUUUGAACGGUGCUGAUUGGGAGUGUAUCCAAGCACGGUCUCAGGCCUACUGGAAAGAUUGUACAGACAAAGGCGGCGGGCCUGGAUUGACGCCAAAUCCGACUCGGCCGGCCGCUCCUCCUCCACCUGCACCUACUAUUGACAAGCGUUUCCGGCCGAUCAAGAGACAGCCAACCGAGCAAUCGACUGCAAAACAGGACUUGGCAGACUCGGCAGCCCACAACGAGGAGCUGCUCUCGGGCUCCACAGCGGCAAGCAAGGUUAUUGCCCAUUGGAAGAACCGUCAGGCUCCUGUUGCCAAUGUCAAAGCAAAGCGGGUGGGUAGGAAGAAUCCUGGGAAGGCUUGA